UGCAGCCGGGUUUUUCCAACAAGAAGACAUUUAAAGCAAGAGAGACACUCUAAUUCUAAAAUGGCCCAGCAAGACCAUAUUUCUGGCCCUGAGGACAACAUAGAGAAACCUCAUACAGAUGAUAUAAGAUCCUGUUCUAGUAUUGAGACAAAGACAGAGAGUUCAGGAGGUGCUCCCUUCAUACAAUCCGUUGACCAGAAUCCAGCCUAUACAUGGAGAAAGACACCCACCAUCCCUUUCCCUGGCACACAGUGUUUCCAAUCAGAUGUUGACUUCCUGUCAGAAAGCCUGCGCAAGAAAGAGCAUAAAGAAAAAAAGGCUGGAAAAUAUGUUUGCCAUUUCUGUGGGAGGGCAUGUGCCAAACCCAGUGUGCUAAAAAAACACAUACGUUCUCAUACUGGUGAGCGGCCAUAUCCAUGCGUACCUUGUGGUUUCUCGUUUAAAACUAAAAGUAAUUUGUACAAACACAGAAAGUCUCAUACACAUGCUAUCAAAUCAGGGUUGCUUCCACGGGAUAUGAAGCAAAUAGGUACAGAUGAAGAAUUAAUAGCUGAAUAUGGAGAGAUGCCAUCUGAUAAUGAGCAGAGCACUGACACGGAUGAAGAGGUAAUAAAUAAUAUGCCCUUGGACAAAGGUACCACUAUCAAUACGAAGGCCAGAGAGGAUAAUGUACAUGAAGACAGUGGUAAACUCAAACAGAAGAUUCCAGGGAUUACAUUUACUCCAAGUUCCUCAAUGAUGGACACUGUGUCAUCAUCAGAAAAAGUAUCUUUAUGGCAGUUCAGAGAACUAAUGGCACCUGCAGUUGUCUCUCAGGGGGACCAGGAAUUUGAGCCAUCUACAAUCAAGCAAAGACUUGCCCUUAGGCUUACAGAGAAAAAGAGUCAGGAUUCAGACCAGUCUUUAUCUCUUCCCAGCUCAUACAGCAAAGGAAGCACUGACUCUGGCUACUUCUCUCGCUCAGAAAGUGCAGAACAGCAGUUCAUUCAACCCAGUGCAGGUGCCAAGUCAUACCAAGAAAUUAUGUUUGGAAAGUGUUAUAGACCAAACACCAAGCCAAGGCAAUCAAUCACUGUACAGACUUGCAUGACAGACACAAAUGAGACUCCAUCUAGUUUCAUGAUUAAACUAACUAAAGGUACAGUACCUGGCAAAGCUACACCCCAUCUGACCAGAGACAAAAAAGACCUGGUCAGAUCAAUAAAAAUUGAAUCAGAAUCUUUUCAGGAAGAAGAGGAUCAGGAAAUGCCUGAAAAGUUUCAAUGUAGUACUGAUCUGUUAGAAACGCCAUCAGAAUGUAAUUUACUUUUACGAAGUAAGUCUCUCCCAACCUCGUGUGAAUCCAGUGGGAGUGCAUCACAGACUCUAAGAAGCAGUAGUUCUUUUGAUGAAAGGAUGACAAGUGAAGACGUCUCCUUUCGUAGCUCAGUUGGCAUAAGAAAGCUUAUGAGACAAGCUGCCUUUGAGCAUUCUGCUCAUGAAGGACAUACAGAAUCAGAUAACCACGCUUUGGUUUGUGGCCUAAAACCAGAGCUAAAAGUGGACAGAGCUGAUGACUUCAAAUUUGGAAUAGAGAAUUGUCCAGAAUUUGAGUCAUGCCUCAUGAUGGAAAUUGCCACAAGGAAACGUAGAAAAGGAAAUAAAACUAUGGAAGAGGAAGAUUUUCCGACCCAAAAUAAACCUUCAGGCCUGUCUGAGCUCUCAGGGGACCGUUAUUCAAAGCAAGAUAUUCAGGAUGCUACUUAUAGUGACACAGAGAGAAAGACUGGCAGCAAUGUUAUUUCAGUAAUUCAGCACACAAAAUCAUUAAGUAGGCCGAGUUCUGCUGAAAAGGCCCCUGACUUUGAGUCACAACAAAUCAAUAAAAGUAGCCUUUACCAAUUUUUAGAAAAGAAACAUAUUAAAGAAGAGCACACAACUGACCUUUUUAUGAACUAUGGAAAAAUGGAGAGUCAGCGGAUUGGAGGUAGUUUACCUUACCAGAGGUCUUACAUGUCUAAACCACUGGGAGUUCCAUUUGGGAUCCAAGUUCCAGAGAUAAGAGUUACUGAGGAACCUGACAAACCAGAAAAAAUCCAAAAUGUGCAGGUUAGACCAAAUGAUAAAAACAAAGAGGAAUUCCAAUGGCCACAAAGGAGUGAAACCUUGUCAAACUUCCCAGUUGAAAAGUUGCCCCCUAAAAAGAAACGUUUGCGAUUGGCUGAGCUGGAGUGUUCUUCUGGGGAAUCCAGCUUUGAAUCUGCUUGUACAAGUCUAUCCAGGAGUCCAAGUCAAGAUAGCAACUUGUCUCACAGCUCAAGUUUCUCUCAGUCACUUGACAGAGAGGAAAGUGUUAAUGUGGCAUCCCAGUCUAAAUCAGAUGAAUUUGGUAAACCUUUGGAGUUCUUAUGUGUACCAGGAAGCUUACUUAGUCAACAAAGAGAGAUGAGGCGUUCUGCAUCAGAACAGGUACCCUGCAACCUACCCAUGGAAUUACCAGAAUUUAGAAGUAAGUCCUUCGACUAUAGCAACCUCUCUUCCUCAUCCAGUCCUACACAAUGGGACACCAAUGUAAGUUCAUUUGGAUCUAAAGAACGAAGAAGAGGCUAUUUGGUCAGACAGGCAUCUUUAAGCUUUGACCCAGAAAUAUGUGAUAAAUCUUCAGGGAUGAAUGCUAUACAAGGUAGCUCAGAUCCAGUUGAAACAAGCAGGAAAGUGUCUUCACCAGACAAACAACUAUUAUUGGAAGGUUCCUUUACUGGUAUUGAGAAAAUGAGACAUGCUUUGAUUCACGGAUGCAUCUCUCCACAGCAGCUCAUUUCACCAGACUUGUCUUGGAUACCAGAGCAAAUCUCUUAUCAUAGGCAGCCACUUUACCCCAAGACUCUGCAGAUGCAUCAGUAUCAUGGCUUGAAGUAUAAAAUAAAGAGAGAACCUGAAGAAUUAAAAUCAGCUGAUGAUUCUAGAAUUGCUCUGACAGACGUGCCAAAAGAUAAUACACAAAGUGUCACCAGUGUUUUGUCAUCAAUAGCAGUUCUUUCACAAGCUCAGCCUGCUUUAGCUAAUCAAAGCUUAUGUGGGUUGUUUGUCCCUGUCAGAUUUCAUAUGCAAGUACCAUGCUUCGGAAACAUCACAUACACAAGUAUAUCUCAUAUUCUGGAUUUUCAUAAUACCUCAAACAUAGCAACUAGUAAAUUUCCCCCUCAAAAUAGUACAUCUUUAAAUAGGGUAGGCCCUGACCUAACUCAGACAUCAGGACACCCCAGGGAACCAUUGAACAACCCACAGACAUCACCUGCAAAACUGAAGACAGGCAUACCACUGUCCUUAACCUCUAGAACCAUUUCAACCACAGAGGCACCCAGUGGUGGAGCUAGUAAGCGUAUGCUUUCACCCACCAGCAGCAUUGAACUCUUAAUUGAAUCCACACAGCAAAAACGAGUCAAAGACGAAAAAAUGUAUGGCCAGAUCGUAGAAGAGCUUAGUGCUGUGGAAUUAGGACAUCCUGAUCAUGGAAAGGAGAAAAUGAAGAAAAAGAAUAUAUCAACAAAUAUACAAGAUUCCACUGUGACUGUUGAGGAGGUAGACAUGGAAGACCCAGAGCCAUUGCCCAGUGGUAUUUCAGAAGAGAACUCUUUACAAAUGCCUAUACAUAUCACUACCAGUCAAGUUUGUGGUAUUUCUACAUCUGCAUUACCCAGAGACAUUGCCAGUGCUUGGAUGCUAUCUCAGUUUCUAGGUCUUCACACUACAACAUGUGUGAGUUGGUGUUAUCUCAAUUCCACCAAGCCUAACAGCACCCUAACAGCCCCUCAUUUCUCAGUGUAUGCCUCUUGGUUUGUGAAAUGCCAUAAUCCAAACCCACCCACUCUUAAUACUGGAAUAGCUCUUGGUCUACUCCGAUCCAAACAGAAGAGACAGAAUGCCACGUACACAACUGCAGCCAUGUGUCAACCUGGAAUACUUGUUACGUCAGCCUUGCUGAGCCAGAAACAGGACCAGGGAACAGUGGAGGCUAGAGUGGACAUAUGCUGUAAAACAAGAACAAAAGAAAUUAAACAUAAAAGUAGACCUUCAAGUAAAGAUCCUGAUGUUUCUGUAAGGCAUACAGAGCCUGUUCGGAUAAAGAUAUUUGAAGGAGGGUUCAAGUCGAAUGAGGACUAUGUGUAUGUCAGGGGCCGUGGCCGAGGAAAGUAUAUUUGUGAAGAGUGUGGUAUUCGUUGUAAGAAACCUAGCAUGCUGAAAAAACAUAUACGUACCCACACAGACGUGAGGCCAUACAUUUGCAAGUGCUGUAACUUCGCCUUUAAAACUAAAGGGAAUCUCACCAAACAUAUGAAGUCAAAAGCUCACUUGAAAAAAUGCCUUGAGCUCGGUGUUUCACCCAUGAAUGUAGACAAUACAGACUUUGCUGAUCAUGAAGAUGCACAAAAAUCCUCAGACAUCAGAAUGGAUGCAGCUACAGCUAUUAAACAUCAGUUCUCAGAUGUAGAUGACUCAGAUGUCGGUGAUGAAGAUGGAGAUGAACCAGAUGAUGAGGAGGAUGAUGAAUAUGAUUAUUCUACACCAAGAACCCAAUCACGAAGCACAAGUCCUCAGUCCUACACCGUAAACAAGCCAUUUUCCUCUAUCUGUAUUACCAAGAGUAAUGAAGAUGAUCAAACCCUUGAUCAGGCAAGCACUUCAGUAGAUACCUCUACAUCACAACUACUCUCUCCUUGUUGGGACACACCAUAUCAAAGGUACAGAUGUCUAAAAGGGGAUCUGUCCCCACAAGGUCAUUUGUCUCCACCAAGGGUUACAUCCCCCUUAAGACCUCUUUCACCAAGGAAAGACUUAAAAAUUAGAGGUGAUCUUUCACCUGUUCGACAGCUCUCACCUUUAAGACCCAUUUCACCAGGAGCAGAUGUGACUAGGUAUCGAGCACCCUCCCCACGUGGUCAACACAAAGGCAGAGGCACCUACCAGCACAGAUCCUUUUUGGAUCCGGCCAGGGGAAUGAGAUGUGAAUCUGCUCCCCUAAGACAAAGCAUUGGAACGAACCCAGAAAUGAAUCAGCUAGAGGUCAGUGACAACAUACACAGUAGUAAUAAUUCAUCCACGGUCUCCCACCAAGGCAUCUUUAGCCACUUGCCUUUGCACUCUCAAAGCCAGUUACAAACUCCUAUCCCUAUGGUCCCUAUUGGAGGGUUACGAAUGCCCUUUGUAUUACCAUCUUGUGCUGCUGCAAAGAGAAACUCUUCGUCAUUACCACAAGGGGACAUAUCAGAGAGAGCUAAUUUCAGCCAGGCCUCAGUUUCUAUUCUAGAACCUAGAAUAAGCAACCCAUCACCCCAGAGGAACGUGCAGCAGACCUCUUCCCCUGGUUUUGCCAGCAAGGACAAGAAACAAGAAGAAAGUGUCCAGAUAUGUGCACAGGCUAUUGCCUCCCUUAAGAUAACUUCAGAAGAUACCACUGACAAACCUCCUGAUUUUAGCUGAUUUUACUAUCGCUCGAGUCAAGCCAAAAUUAAGCUGUAAAAUGAAGGUGGUUUAGUCAGUGUGCUUUAGAUAAGGUGCAAUAUGAGACAAAAAGGAGUACAGUAUAUGCACAUAAUUAUGCAUAAAAAUGCACAUAUUUUAAUCAUUACAGUUCUAUUUUCUAUGAGCCCAAUUUGGUGUGUGCAUGCAUAUAAGACCAUACAAGAAAUAAAGUGUAAACAAUGUAAACUCUUUGAGACCAGAUAUUCAUCCAAGUUAUAAUAACAGACAAAACAUUGUACCUAAAGUAAUAACAGUUGUACUUUCAUUUCUACAUUAAACACAUUUAAUAAUAUUUUACAGUCCAUACUGAAAAUGGUAUGUAAUCGUUGCAUUUAAUUAACUGGUACAACCUCCUUUAACAACAAUAUUUCAUAUAGCUACAAAUCUGAUUAAAAAUUAUUUGAACAAAAGUCAUUGUUCUCUAGUGUUCUCAAGUGGUCCUGAGCUGUCUAAGUUGUGAGGCAGCAAAUCAGCUCCAAACCAGGAUACUCCCUCCACCAUACUUUACAGUUCUGUGCAUUUGAGUAAGUAGGGUAAAGUUUUGGAAGGCACAGGUAUGUAUUGUGGAAUAAAUCUGAGAUCUUGCCAAAGUUGAGAAAUAUAGUAAUGAUUUUUGAGAGCAGUCUAUUCAGUGGUGCUCUUUUAUAGAAUCUCUUUGUUUAGUAGAUAAUUUAGUUUCAGUAGAUAAUAUUCUAGUUAGUUCUGGAGUCCUUGUUUUAACAUUUGGGUUUUCUUUAUCUUCCCAGUGUGCUUUUAUAUAAACUUGUUGUUGUUAGCCCGGAGGUUUCAGUCUGGACUGUAAAUAAUGAAAGAGCACUUGUUUAAGUGUAAUUACUUUACACAAAUUCUGUAAUUUUAGGCCACAUUUUAUAAGUAAUCCAGAUGAUUCCAAAGGGCUCACAUUUUUCCUGCAAAUGUAAA